AUGAAUGAUGGGAUCUCGUGGGGCCGUGGGAACCUGAUCAGAGGAGAUUGUUUUUGGGUCUUGGAUCCAGCGAAUAGAGGAAGCUGGUUUUGGAGGGCCAUUUGUAAGUUGAGGGAGUUAGCUAGGCCUAUGAUUCAGUGCGAAGUGGGAGAUGGUGCUACUGCGAGCUUCUGCAGAAGUAGAAGCCCGAUCAUAACUCUGCUAAAGGCUUGCUUGCCAAGUGCUCAGGAGAUCAUAGUUUCAGCUCAGAAUGACAAAUAUGUGUGGUACCCGGAUGGAGCGCGUGGCUCAGGUAUUUUCUCAGCUAGUGAGACUUGGCGAGCGCUUCACCCUCCUACACUAGAAGUGUUUUGGCAUAAGAAGGUUUGGUUCUCUGGUCGUGUUCCGAAGCACACAUUUAUAGCUUGGGUGGCUGCUCAGAACAGAAUGGUUACGAGGGAUAGACUGAUAAGGUGGGGGUUGAAUGUUCCCGCAAGCUGCGUGUUGUGCUCGCAGCAUGAUGAGAGCCGUCAGCAUCUGUUUUUUGACUGCUCCUAUAGCAACGAGGUUUGGACUUUCUUUAUAUCUCGUAUGCAUCUCUCUCCUCCAUAG